AUGCCUUGUUACACAGUGACUGUUUUUACAGGGAGCCAGACAUAUGCAGGCACGGAUAACGACGUCUACAUCACACUGGUGGGCACUAAGGGCUGCAGCAAGAGGACACUGCUGGACAAAGCUCUAUACAAUGACUUUGAGAGAGGAGAGAAGACCUCCUAUGAUGUGAUGGUUGGAGAGAACCUGGGUGACAUUGUGUUGCUGAAGAUUGAGAAGAAGAAGUCCUUGGUGCAGGAUGACUGGUACUGCAGGUACAUCACGGUUAAGACCCCAUCUGGAGACUACGUGGUGUUCCCCUGCUAUCGCUGGCUGGUGGAUGACUUGGAGGUGGUGCUGCGAGAUGGAAGAGCUCAUCUGCCUCAGGAUGAUAAGAACAGCUUGGUACAGCAGCACAGACAGAAAGAGCUGGAAAUGAGGAGGAAAGCCUACAGGUGGAAGGAGUGGCAGCCAGGUUUUCCAAUGAGCAUAGACGCUAACAGACACAGUGAUUUGCCCCGGGACAUCCAGUUCGACAGUGAGAAGGAGGCAGAUUUCUUUCAAAACUUCAAAAAGGCAAUGGAGAACCUCUAUGUGAACCAGUUUAUGAACAUGUUCCAGUCCUCCUGGGGUGGAUUUGGGGACUUUGAGAAAAUCUUUUGGAGAAUCAAAAACCCAAACUCAGAGUAUGUGAUGCGACACUGGAAGGAGGACUUCCUGGUUGGGUAUCAGUUCCUGAAUGGCUGCAACCCUGUAGUGAUCCAAAAGUGCACCAAACUUCCAGAGAAGUUUCCCGUCACUCAUGAGAUGGUUUCAAUCAUUUUGGAGCGAAGGAUGACCCUGGAGCAGGAAAUGAAGGCAGGUAACAUCUACAUAGUGGACUAUGAAGCAUUGGAAGGCAUUAAUGCUAACAACACAGACCCAAGCACAACCCAGUACAUAGCAGCUCCCAUCUGUCUGCUCUACAAAAACACUGAGAACAAGAUCCUUCCCAUCGCCAUACAGCUUGGUCAGACUCCAGGAGUAGAUACACCGAUCUUCCUGCCCACUGACAGUCUGUGCGACUGGCUGCUAGCUAAGAUGUGGGUCCGUUCGUCUGACUUUCAGUACCACCAGAUCAUCACACACCUGCUCAGGACUCACCUGAUGACUGAGGUUUUUGCUAUUGCUAUGUACAGGCAGCUCUCUCCUGUUCAUCCUGUGUUCAAGCUCCUCAUCCCACAUGUUCGUUUCACCAUCGCUAUCAACACCAAGGCCAGAGAGCAGCUCGUGUGUAAGGGUGGCCUCUUUGACAAGGCAAACUCUACAGGAGGAAUUGGUCACAUCCAGAUGGUUCAGAAAAGCAUGAAAACACUGACCUUCAGGUCUCUGUGCUUCCCGGACAUGAUCAAGUCCCGAGGCAUGGAUAAUAAAGAUGAGGUGCCCAUGUACUUCUACAGAGAUGACGGCUACAAGGUGUGGGACGCCAUCGAGAGUUUUAUGUCUGAUGUGGUGAACAUCUAUUACAAGAGCGAUGAGAUGGUGCAGAAAGAUGAAGAAAUCCAGGCUUUUGUUAAAGAUGUUUGCACCUCUGGUAUGCAGGACUUGCACCACUGUGGGUUCCCCAAGUCUCUGAAAUCCCGUGAGGAGCUGAUGGAGUACCUGACUAUCAUUGUGUUCACUGCUUCAGCUCAACAUGCCGCUGUUAACUUUGGACAGUUUGACUGGUACUCCUGGGUUCCUAACGCUCCAUCCACCAUGCGGAGACCUCCACCUAACCAGAAGGGUUUGGCUGAUAUGAACUUGAUCAUUGAAAGUCUCCCUGAUCGUGGGCGCUGCAGCUGGCACCUGGGGGCUGUCUGGGCACUCAGCCAGUACCAGGAGAACGAGCUGUACCUGGGGGUGUAUCCUGAUGAACACUUCAUAGAGAAGCCAGUGAAGUCAGCCAUGGAAAAAUUCAAGAAGCAGCUAGAGGAGAUAACCAGCUCCAUCAAGAGGAGGAACGAGGGAAAGAAGCUGGCGUACUACAACAUGUCACCUGAUAAGAUCCCGACCAGUGUAGCAGUUUGAGACUCAAAAUCACUCUCACUGUGGUCAGGGUCGCCAUGUUUAUACUUACAGUAUGAUUUACAAAUCAGGUAUAAUGCAACUUUUACUGAUUCUACUUAGUUUUCCAAACAUGCUGAUUAAAAGACAAUUGUAGUCACCGCUUAUCUACAUAUAUUCACAAAAAAAUUAUCCUAAGAAUUUUAUAACCAUUUAUGUUAUUCCUACAUGCUCUGAUUAAUCUGCUGAAGAGUGGGUUGAUCCAGAGGAGGGAGCGUGGAGAACAGACCCCUCCCUCUCGUUUAAGAGUGAACGUUAGAACUCACAGAGAGCAGUUAUG